ACAGCGCGGAGCUACUAACACUAUGCUGCUAAGGCUCCUCCAUGUGGGGCUCCUCCUGCUGCAGCUCUCUGGGACACCGGAGGCAAAGCUGCAAUAUGCAGUUAUCUUCCCAGCAGAGAUGGUCUCCCCCCAUUCUGAACAAGCCUGUGUGCACCUGGAGGGGGCGAAUGGAGAAAGCAAGAUACAGCUCACCCUACAGAUGGCCAAAAGUAACACAACUGUGAUAGAGAAGACAUCAGAGCAGAAAUCCUACUUCAGAUGCGUUUCAUUUGAGGUGCCGCCUCCCUCUGAAGAGAAUGAAGAAGUGGCCACCAUGCAGGUUUCUAUCCAGAGCGGAGGGGAGACCAUAAGCAACAGCAGUAAAGUUCUGGUGAAGAAAGCAAGAACCAGUAUCUUCGUUCAAACAGACAAAGCUAUAUACAAACCAGGACAGACAGUAAGAUUCCGAGUUGUUUCCCUUAAAGAAAACCUCCAACCAGAAGAAAGUCAGGUGCCAACCAUCGAAUUACAGGACCCAGGGAAGAACCGUAUUGGCCAGUGGCUAAAUGUGAGUCUCCAGCAAGGAAUCGCUGAGCUCUCACUUCCCCUCUCUUCCGAGCCUCCGUUGGGAGAAUAUUCCAUUCAUGUAAAGAACACUGUCCAUGUCUUCAGUGUGGAAGAAUAUGUUCUGCCCAGAUUUGAGGUCACUCUCCAACUCCCAAAAGUGGUUGUGGUUGUCACUGGCCAAUUCCCUGUUAAAAUCUGUGCCAGGUACACUUAUGGAAAACCAGUGCAGGGAACCUAUAAGGUCGAUGUGUGCCGGAAGCAUUACAGCUACAGAAGGGCAUUUGGUAAUGACAAAGGGAGAGAUCUGUGUGCUGAUUUCAGUGGGAAGCUGGAUCAGUCUGGUUGCUCCACAUUCGAUGUGAAGUCUUCUAACUACAAUCUUCUAUCAAGCGAAUGGCAGAUGAACAUUGAGGGGGCUGGCUGGAUUACAGAAGAUGGGACAGGAAUUCAGAUUUCUGCAACUGAUAAAUCCCAAAUUUCAUAUGACCUCACCAGUGUCACCUUCCUGGAUGCUGAUGAUACUUAUAAGCCUGGGAUUCCAUACAUCGGGACAGUGAAGGUUGUAGAUGCCAGUGACACCCCCAUCCCCAAACAUCCAGUGUAUCUGAUCGACACCGAUGGAAUAGUAAACAUGACCUUGAUGACCGAUAAGAAUGGACUUGCUCCCUUCAAGCUGGACAAUACAGCAGAUUGGAAGGCAACGGUGUCCCUGACGGCCAAGACACAGGUGAAGGAGCCUCUUAUGCAGUAUCAGUACGGCAUGAUGUUCCCUAGGCAUGGGUUAGCGAUGCUUAGACUCAACCGCUUUUAUUCCCGCAGCAAGAGUUUUUUAAAGCUCCACUCCCAGAAUGGGGAGUUUCUGUGUGAGGGGCAACAAGAAGUCCAGGUGGAAUAUCUUAUCAAGCGCACUGAGUUGGGAGAGGAGGCAAAGCACUUGGAGUUACACUACCUGGCAGUUUCUAAAGGUGCCAUAAAAGAAUCUGACGUUUUAGAAGUUCCAAUAAAUAAUGAUGGUGAAGUCCUGAGAGGCGAGGUCUCCAUCAAACUCAAGCUCAGUGUUGACGUCUCUCCGACUCUUCGAGUUCUGACCUACGUUUUACUCCCUGGUGGAGAGAUGGUGGCAGAUGCAGCAAAGUUCAAGCUACAAAAGUGCUUUAGGAAUAAGGUGUCAGUUGGCUUCUCCCCAGAUGAAGUUCUACCCGGAUCAGAUGUUUCCCUACAAGUUCAGGCAGCUGCCGGGUCUCUCUGUGGCCUGAGAGUGGUGGAUAAGAGUGUGGUGUUAAUGAAACCUGACCAAGAACUGACGGCCGACAAGAUUCGGGGACUCUUCCCAGUCAAUGAUUUUGGAAAUUAUGAUUAUCGGAUUCAGGAAGCUGAGGAUCACUGUCCAUUCCGACCCUUUCUUCCUUGGCGACCAUUCAAUAGAAUUUCUAGAUCCAUUAUAUAUCCCCCAUGGCAUAUGCCAGAGGAAGCUGAUGUCUACGGCCUCUUCAAGAAAGUGCAACUAAAAAUCAUCACCAGCGCUGACAUUAAGAAACCAGUGGUGUGUCAACAUUAUGAUUUUUUAAGGCCAGGGCUACCAGGACUUCCAGGACCUACUGGAGACCGAAUGAUUGCAUUUGCUUCCCCUGGGAUAUCUGCUGCCGGAUCUAUACCAAACCAGCUACCAGAAGCAGAGUCUGCAGCCGUUGAAAUUAUCCGAACCUACUUUCCAGAGACGUGGAUAUGGGAGCUGGCAUCUGUGGGCGAGUCUGGUACAGCAGAGCUCCAUCGCGCAGUCCCAGACACCAUCACAGACUGGAAUGCUGGAGCUUUCUGUAUGGGACCCAGUGGAUUUGGCAUCUCCUCACCAACCUCCCUUCGAGUCUUCCAGCCCUUCUUUGUGGAGCUCACUCUGCCGUACUCUGUGGUGCGAGGAGAGUCAUUCGCUCUCAAGGCCACUGUCUUUAACUACCUGAAGCAGUGUAUAAAGGUUCAGACAGCCCUGGAGCCUUCACAAGAGUUGGAGGAGGAACCAUGUCCUGACUGUCAGUAUAGCAGCUGUAUCUGUGCAGAGGAGAGCAAGACCUUCUACUGGAACGUUAAAGCUUCUAACCUGGGAGAGGUGAAUGUCACGGUAAAGACGGUGGCUCUGGAUACUCAGGACUUGUGCAAUAAUGAAAUCCCUAUAGUCCCUAAACAGGGGAGAUCAGACACUGUGAUUAAGCCACUACUGGUGCAGCCAGGGGGAGUCCUGGAAGAAAAAGCUCACAGUUCUCUGCUCUGCUGCCAAGCUGGUGAUGAUCAUCCUAAAACAGAGGAGAUAUCCCUUAAGGUCCCUGAAAAUAUUCUGAAGGAUUCAGAAAGAGCAUAUGUGACGGUCCUUGGAGAUCUGAUGGGAACAGCCAUGCAGAACCUGGACCGUCUCCUGGCCAUGCCGUAUGGAUGUGGGGAGCAGAACAUGGUUCUCUUUGCCCCCAAUAUCUUCAUUCUUCAGUAUCUGGAAAAGACUCACCAACUGAGCCCUGAGAUCCAGAGCAAAGCCAAAAGGUUCCUUGAAAGCGGGCUCCAGCGACAGCUGACAUACAAACGGGAUGACGGAUCAUACAGCGCAUUUGGGCAAAGUGACAAAGAGGGGAACACAUGGCUGACUGCAUUUGUGGUGAAGUCCUUCAGCAAGGCUCGUCCCUACAUCUUCAUAGAUGAAAGUCACCUAAAACAUUCUUUCACUUGGCUGAAGAACAAUCAACAUGAAAGUGGCUGGUUCCAGAGUGUGGGGAGACUCUUCAAUAAUGCUAUGAAGGGAGGAAUAGAUGAUGAAACCUCUCUCUCUGCUUAUGUAACAAUGGCUUUGCUAGAAGCUGGUCUAUCUGUACAGGACCCAAUGGUUGAGGGUGCUUUAUCCUGGCUGAGGAAGGCUGCCAAAGAUGUGAGCAGUAUCUACACCCAGGCUCUGCUGGCCUACACUUUCACUCUGAGUGGUGAUACUGAACUCAGGGAGAUGCUGCUGGCUAAACUGGAUGAGAAGGCUGUAAAAAGUGAAGGACAGUUACACUGGGAAAGGAAACCUGCCGCAGCUCCCUCUGAUUUACCCUACUGGUACCAGGCUCCCUCAGCCGAGGUGGAGUUAACCUCCUAUGUACUGUUGACCCUUCUCUCUGGCCUCAAAAAGGACCUGGGGAAAGCUUCUGAGAUAGUCAACUGGCUGAGCAAGCAGCAAAAUCCAUAUGGGGGAUUCUCUUCUACUCAGGACACGGUUGUAGCUCUACAGGCUCUUGCUAAGUAUGCCGAGGCCACAUUCACUGACAAGGGAGAUGUAACAGUCACAGUCAGUUCCAAGACUGGAUUCCAUCAACAGUUCCAUGUGGAUCAAAAUAACCGGCUCCUGCUACAGAAAUCCUCACUGUCAGAUAUCCCUGGGGACUACUCUCUGUCAGCCAGUGGGAGCGGCUGUGUGUAUGUACAGAGUGUCCUGAGAUACAACAUUCCCCCACCUAGAAGUGAUGCCACCUUCUCAGUACAAGUGAAGACACUACCAGACAAAUGUCCUCAAGAUCUAUUAAAAUUCAUGACGUUAGGCAUCACUGUUAAAUAUACAGGAACUCGGGAGAAAUCAAACAUGGCUGUGAUUGAGUGUAAGAUGCUCUCUGGAUUUAUCCCAUCAAAGGGCUCAAUCAGAGAUCUGGAGAAGAGCAAAGCAAUAAAGCGGAGUGAGAUUCAGACAGACAUGGUGACAUUAUAUUUAGAUGAGCUGGGACAUGAGCCUCUCCAUCUCGCCUUCACGGUGGAACAAGACAUUGUAGUGAAGAACCUAAAGCCGGCCACGGUGAAAGUCUAUGAUUAUUAUGAGACAGGAGAAGAGGCAGUUGCCGAGUACAACUCCCCCUGCAGCUCUGAUGGAGAGAAAGGCAACACAAAAUGAGAUUGCUCCCGGCACCAUUAACGGAAACAUAGUUGAGCAAAGUCCUCAAACAGAUCUGCUGCAAUAUAUUUUCACAUAAUGAAAUUAAAUAUGUUUUAUCACUUUC